AUGGCAAAUUUGAAUCCGUUUUUAGACAAAAACCAAGUUUUGAGAGUUGGAGGUCGAUUAAUCAAUGCAAAAAUUGGUUUUGAUAGAAAGCAUCCAAUAAUUAUAGCAAAAGGUCAUUUGGCGAAUUUGAUAAUAAAUGAAGCACACCGAGAAACAUUACAUGGUGGACAUCGAUUGAUGGAAAAUGUUAUAAAAAGAAGAUAUUGGAUAUUUGGACUUAAAAACUUGAUUAAGAAAUGUAUACGUGAAUGUGUAAGGUGCACCCGUUAUAAAGCAUUAAAGCAGAAACAGCUUAUGGGUGAUUUACCAGAAUAUAGGGUCAAUGUGUCUGCUCCGUUCGCUCAUUGUGGAGUAGAUUACGCUGGACCAUUGCUAAUAAAAUGUUCUAAAGGGCGAGGCCAAAAAACUUUUAAAGGGUACGUAGCGGUAUUUGUAUGUAUGGCAACUAAAGCUUUGCAUUUAGAGUUGGUAAGUGACAUGACAUCAGACUCAUUUCUGGCGGCGCUGAAGCGAUUGUUUGCACGCAGAGGCAAAUGUUCACAUAUAUACUCAGACAACGGUACUAACUUCGUUGGAGCAUCCAAAAAAUUAGAUAAGGAUUUACAACAGGCUAUUAAAAGCAAUGUGAGUGCAGUUUGUGCAUUGGAAGCAGAAGGUAUAAAAUGGCAUUUCAUUCCACCGGCAAGUCCUCAUUUUGGAGGUUUAUGGGAGUCGGCCGUGAAGUCAAUAAAACACCACUUGAAAAGAGUUGUUGGCGAAAAUAAACUUACUUAUGAGGAGUUAAGCACACUUCUAACUCAAAUUGAGGGCAUACUUAAUUCACGACCGCUUUGUGCAAAUGUUGACGACAAUGAUAUAUUAACUCCAGGUCAUUUUUUAAUUGGGCAUGCUAUCAUUGACUAUCCAGAAGCAGUAGAUGAUAUGAACAUAUCUUCAUUAAAUCGUUGGAAGAUAAUUCAAGCAAUGAAGAAACAUUUUUGGAAACGAUGGAAGGAAGAAUAUUUAACGAAUCUUCAGCAGAGGUACAAAUGGAAAGGGGUUCAAGCAAAUGUUAAGGAAGGCCAAGUGGUAAUAGUGAAGAAUGAGGAAACAUAUCCAGGAAGAUGGCCUCUUGGAAAGAUAAUUGACGUUCAUCCUGGAAAAGAUAAUCUG